ACUCACAUUGUUCAACCCUCUUGCCUUGGGACCAGACUGCAGCACUACCAAACCUAACAUGCAUUGAGUUGAGUUGAGUUGAGUUUGGACCACUGUGCUACAAGGAAGCUUGUUUCACUUUUUUUUGUCACUUUAUUUAUUCUCUGCUGGAUACAGAGAACCUGGAUUUUUAUGCACCAGUGUCAACAAGUCCAACCUUGGAGAAAACUUGACAAAGCUGAGACAGUCCCCCUGGCAUGCUGGAACGACCAAAGGUUUUCUGUCAGGAGCAUAUCUUUAGGACUUCCUUCUGUCUUUGUAUUGCUGCUUUACUUUUUCCUUGGAGCCUGUGCCCUCUCCACCAGGCUUCCGUCCCAGGAUUGGUCAGAGAGCAGCCCAUCAGCAGCAGUGACAGUGGGGUUGUCCAGAGUCAUCUGAGGUCAGAGGUCCGGGGUCAGAGGCUGGAUGUAUAAGACGGCUUCAUGGGCCUGAAGGACCAUCUGGAGGAUGGAACAGGCCACAACUUCAAUCUGGGGCUGGAUUUGGACUACAUCCAUGUGGAAGGCACCGACCGCCAGGCCAGCUUGAGUGCCACAGCCGGCACCCACUCAGGAGUUUUGGAGGGGGAAGAGGCACAGGUGGGAGGCACCCAUAGCAGUGUCAGUAAUAGCAGCAUCAGCAGUAGUAGUAGUAGCAGUAACUCCUCUGAAGAAAGUGCUGCGUCGGACAGCGAAGAUGAGCGGGGGGUCCACCAUGGCUCUGGUUCUGGCGCUGAGACCCCCCAUCCGCACCCCUGUCACCCUACUGGACUGGGCCUGCCACAAAGCCCCCCCCCUAGGGACCCCAAACUCCCCACCGACCCCCUCACAGAGUAUCGCUCUAAGAUGGAAUUUGCCCUGAAGCUGGGCUACUCUGAGGAGCUGGUUUUGCUGGUGCUGAGAAAGCUAGGGCCUGACGCCCUCAUCAACGACAUACUGGGAGAACUGGUCAAACUAGGCACCAGGACAGAGACGGAGGAGGCAGGGGACUCUACCGCAUCCCAGUCGUCCUCCUCCUCCUUAUCCUUCCCCUCUUUGGACUCCUGCAGACUGGACUGCUCCUCCCAGCUGCUGUUGGAUGACAAGGAGAACAUCAGGCCUGUGGUGGUGGAUGGGAGUAAUGUAGCCAUGAGUCAUGGGAAUAAGGAAGUGUUCUCCUGUCACGGCAUCCAGCUGGCUGUUGAUUGGUUCCUGCAGCGUGGUCACCGUGACAUCACUGUGUUUGUGCCCGCCUGGAGAAAGGAACAGUCCAGACCGGACGCCCUCAUCACAGACCAGGAGAUAUUGCGACGUCUGGAGAAAGACAAGAUCCUGGUGUUCACUCCGUCUCGUCGGGUCCAGGGCCGCCGGGUGGUCUGCUAUGACGACCGCUUCAUCGUCAAGCUGGCCUACGAGUCUGACGGCAUCAUCGUCUCUAACGACAACUACCGGGACCUGGCCAAUGAGAAGACAGAGUGGAAGAAGUUCAUUGACGAGCGGCUGCUCAUGUACUCAUUCGUCAAUGACAAGUUCAUGCCUCCUGAUGAUCCUCUGGGUCGCCAUGGUCCUAGUCUGGAGAACUUCCUGAGGAAGAGACAAGUGAUCCCAGAACACAAGAAGCAGCCCUGCCCCUAUGGGAAGAAGUGCACUUAUGGCCACAAGUGUAAAUUCUACCACCCUGAGAGAGGCAGUCAGCCCCAGCGCUCUGUGGCCGACGAGCUGCGUGCCAGUGCCAAGAACUCCUCUUCCUCCUCCACCUCUUCCUCCAAGAGCCUGGGCUCUGCUCUGCUGGUGAAGAGCCACAGCAUGUCCAGCAGCUCCAGUGCAGACGGGCUCCCAGAACACCACCAAGCCGCCCCAAAGAGGCGGUCGGACCCCGGGCUGUGCACCCCCUCCUACAACGACCUCCUGGAGGAGCGGCUGGGCGGGAGGACCAAAGCAGAGGCCCGCAGAGGUAGUAGCAGCAGCAGUAGCAGCAGCUGUAGCAACAACCUCCUGGUCCCUGCCCCUGGGGGUCCUCCUUCCAGCCAAGGCUUCUCUCUGCAGGAUUGGAAGGACCACAACGCAGGGAGAAACGGCUCCUGCAAAGCUCCAGGGCUGUUGGGGCUUGGUCACUCUGAGUCAUAUCCCACCUGUGAGUCCCCAAAGCUGGGCUACAACUCCCUAAUGAGGGCGUACUCCAGCCUAAACCUGGUGGUGCCACGGAGCCCCGAGCGGCUGUUCCCAACUGACCUACGGACGGGCUUGCUGGCAUCUGACUGUAGCAGCGAGGGCAGCAUGAGCUCUGACUCCUUCUCCCCUGACCCCCUGCUGGAGGAUGGCCUCAAAUGCCACCACCCCCAUCACGACCACCAUCACUGCUCCAACCGCUACCCACACCACACCAACCACCCACCCCCUGGUCUCACCCUGCACCCACAUGGAGGCUCCCACCAUAGCUACCCCCUAGCUCAGAGCAUGGGGAUGCCACAGGUUUUCAGCUUGGAGGAUCAUCCCUCCUCCCUUCACCACUUCCAGGCCCAUCUUACCUACCUUUCUCCCCAUCUUCAGCACCCAUCUGUGGGGAGCAGCUCUGGCUGUUCUGAGGACUACCCUUCCCAACCUCCACCCCAGACCUCCAGCCCCCACUGCCACUCUCACAGCUCAACUCUGGGGCAUAACCUGGGUGGCUCCACCUGGCAGGACAACAACAGCCUCCAGAACUCCCGGCUCUACGAGCACUCCCCUGUCCGCCCCAGGAGGACCUACCCUGGGAUGGGACAGGAGCAGCGGCUGGCCAGCUGGGACCCCCACUACCAGCAGCUCCUCCAGCCCUGCUACGAGACCUUCAACUUCCAGUCCCAGCCUGAGGGCCACAAACAACCCUGGCACUCUUCCUGGCCCAGGGGGACACACUCGCCCCAUCCUCAACCCCCUUCCUCCUCCCAUCCUCCACCCCACCCCUCCAUGGACCCCCAGCACCAGGGGGGAAGAUGCCAGGACGUGAGGGAUAAGGUGUUUGUCAACCUAUGUAACAUCUUUCCUCCAGAGCUGGUGAAGGUGGUGAUGGAGAGGAACCCCCACGUGAUGGACGCCCAGCAGCUGGCUGCAGCCAUCCUGGCUGAGAAGUCCCAGGCUCGCUACUGAGUACUGACACUACUGUAGUAGAGGAAAGAAGUGGUGUGCCCAACUCUAUAGUCCACCCAAAACAUCUACGAUGCAGGGGGAGAUGUUUUAUUUUUUACAUCGAAUUAUAUUUUUUAAGGAAAAUCCGAGCUACCUUAUUGUUGUCCUUUACUGUUGUGCGGUAUGAGACCACCUCAAGCACAAGGUCAGGAUUGUUUAUGGUGUGUGGGUAGGAGUGAACAUGUGUGUCAGCGUUAUUUCAGGAGACUCUUUGAAUGGCAUGUGUUGCUUAAAUGUAUUUAUUUUGUAUGUUUUAAAUUAUUUUUAUUGUCUUUAUAUUUUGUUAUGGCACUUUUCGUAGCUUUUUUUUUAAUCAACAUGUUACAUUUUUGCCAAUCAUAUCAUAGGGGGGUUCAAUGCUUCAGGGUGCUUCAGAUUUAGGAAAAAUCCUGAGGUGUCAACACGGGGUGAAUUCUGGGAUUCCAAAUCGAAGGUAUUGUUUGUUGUCAUAAACAUGUUACUUCCAAACAUUUCAAACUAAAAGACAAAGCAAAUUCAUGAAUCUAAUCCACACUGAUUUAGUUGUAUCCCUGUAAUUUGUUCAUUAACGAUUCAUAAAAGCAGGUGGUGAAUUGAAUAGCGUUGUUGAAAUAUUUGAUGAAAUUCCCCUUUAGAGAAGUGAAGCGCAGGAACUCCAGCUGUUAAAGGCCUGGUAAAGUCCAUGUGAAAACCCCAGAGCAUUGUUUACUCUGACAGACAGGAGCUAGUUCCUCUCUGGCGAGAGCUCAGAAGCUUACUUCACAGCUUGAGAGAUUGCGAUAUUGAUUUUCGCUUUCUUUUUUUAACCACUUUUUUGUCCUCCAACAACCAUUCUGGCCAUUGAAAUCAGAUGGUUCUUAAGGAUAUGCAAACUAGUGCAGGUGCAGGUGUUUAUCUUAAUGUUUUUAUUUAAACAUAUGAACGUGUUAAUUUAUUAUUGUCCCUUUGUCCUUUUUGUUAUGUGUGAGAUUAUUUUAGUUGAAGGGGGUUUCUGUUGCUAGGGUUUCAUUACAAGAGAAGACAUCAGGUGUAACCAUCCAGACAGACAGAUGGUGCUGUACUGUAACUGUCUAUGUACUUAACUCUGUGGACAAGGUAAUUCUAGCCUCUACUUCCUGGCUUAGAAUCCAUUGUAAGUUGCCACAAUCGCUCAGUGAAUAGAAAUAGUUAGGCAAUGACACCGUGUUGGGAAAUGCCUUGCUCACACACAUCAGGGACUACAUCUACCCGUUACAGUCCAAUACACUGGACGUGUGUUGCCAAGGUAACCUGACCACUACAAACUUUAGUGGCCAAGAGAAUCCCUCUCCUCGUUGAUACAAAUUGUAUCCUAUUAACUUAAACCAGAUCAUUGUUUUAUAUGAGAAUAUGUAUACAAAAAUAUUUUGAGAUUUAUGUGCCGUAAUUGGUCACAUUUGUUAAUGUUCUAAAAUAUAUUUUGGGAAAUGUUGUGUGUUAAGAAUUAUUAGGGAAAGAAAAGGCAUCAAAUGCAAUUUCUUCCAACUACUGUACUGUGAUUGGUGAUCAACAGACAGAUAAGACAGAAAAUAUUGGUUGUUGUUUUAUUAUCACUGAUCUGAAAGUGUGUUUUCUCAUUGGCUGGUCACAAUCUAACUCAGGUCACAGUCAUGUGAGUGUGACUGUGGGGGUCAGCUUUAUGGGGAAGCAGAGAAUUUUUUCUUCCCCAUCAGCCCCUAUUGAUGGUCAUGAUCUUUCACUUAACAUGUUUUUGUACCGUAGUUCUCAGCUCUCAUUAAACCAAGCCUAUCCCUUCAGAGGGUCAGUGGAACACUGCUGACUUGACAAAGACAAUACUUAUUCUCUGGAACCAGUUUCUCAACAUGACAACAGCCAAAAGGUUAAAAUGUUUUUUUGUUUUUUUUUACAUGUAAGAAACCAUGUCCAUUCACACUGUAGUAUUACAUGGCAAGUCACUGAAUAGCAGUGUUCCUUUCUGUUCCCCUGAGUUGGUUGGCAUAUUAGUUUUGAGCUGAGUGAGCAUGUGACAUUGUGGCCGAAUAAAACCGCCACCCAAGACUUGACGUCUAGCACCUUUCUAAAAAAAGAGCCUUCUCAGUAGCUGCAGGGCACUGUGUGCCGGGGGGUGGGCAGAGGAGUAAAUGCCUCUACUUUUUUAAACACAUCCGAUGAUAGUCUGAACCAUGUUCAGUUAAACAUUUAUUUUUCCAUGUCCUGAUUUUUUAAAGAGGUGAUUUUGGAAUUAUUUGUGAUGUAUCUUUUUAAAUCAGGGUUUUGGAUAUAGUACUGGGUUGAAUUUCUUCCACCAUGGACAUUUUUUGGUCAUUUUGGAAUUUUGAUCAUAAUUGGUUUUAUGUCAUUGGUCUGGAUGGUUGACUUCUUAUUCUAUUUGACUGCUAACUGUUUGUUUAAUUUGGCCAGUCUGCAUCCAGGGCCUACAAUUCAAGCAAAACAAAUAGAUUUUAAUGUGUCAAACUUUCCAAUGUCAAGUAUAAUUUAUUUUCAUAUUCAUCACUGCUGUGCUUUAAAUCCAACAUAAUUUGUGCUACAAUAAAACUGUUAAAUAUAAUAAAUGUCUUAAAUGAUUGUUAAAAAAAAUUCUCCACAAAAAGAAGGCUGGGAUUCGGGUAUUCUGUAUUCUGUCAGGGACCAAAGCAAUUGGCAAAAUAAUUGAGGGUUAACUUAUGUUUCUGAAUUAUGAUGCUGCUUUCUUCACAGGUCAACAUGGGUCAUUUCAAGCCAAAAUGGAAUCUGGGGAAUGGAGAACAAGAACUGUGGCCUGAUGUGAUGUUGAUGUUUUGCCUUAGUGACUGUACUGUACUGUAUGUGAAUGGGAGGAAACACAUGUUGCAACAAUGAGCUUUAGGUACUGGAACCCCAGAGCAUGUGACUCUCUAUGACACUCUGGCCUGUAGCAGACUUACAUGCCAAUUCAGGGAACUGUGGCCAAAUGGUAUAUGUUGACUCCUUCAUGUUAAGAUGAAUAAUAAGAGCAAUAAAGACCUAUUCAAGCUUUCA